GAGGCUUUCUUCAGCCAAUCGCAGCGUUGUGUUUCUCUCUAGUUGUAGUUCUGGGCGAAUGUCGUGGUAUUCAGUCUAGACUUCUAUCAGUUUAUAUAACUCGGUGCAAUUUUGAGAGGCGGCCUGUUAUAUUUUAAAGAGAAGGAUGAGCGGGCUGUUUAGAUCAGUGUUUCGAGCUGUGCAGCUGGGUUCAGCGACCUGUCGACCGAAGAAUUUUGAUGGCCAUGUGUCGGUAGUCUCGGCCCGACUCUUCUGUGCCUCUGCUGGGCAGAAUGAUCUUGCUGAAAUGGUGAAGAAGGACAAAGUUGUGGUUUUUAUAAAAGGGACUCCAGCUCAGCCCAUGUGCGGCUUCAGCAACGCCGUGGUCCAGAUUCUGCGGAUGCACGGGGUGGAAAAUUACGCUUCGUAUAACGUGCUCGAAGACCAGGAUCUUAGGCAAGGAGUCAAGACUUUUUCCAAUUGGCCGACGAUCCCACAAGUGUUCUUCAAUGGAGAGUUCGUCGGCGGUUGCGAUAUUCUCCUUCAGAUGCACCAGAAUGGAGACCUGGUAGAAGAGCUGAAGAAAUUGGGGAUCCGUUCCGCCCUUUUAGAUGUCCAGAAUGAUGAGAAAUCCAAGUAGAACUAUAAGGGUUGAUGAUAAUAGCUGCCAGAUUUGGGGAAAAAACAUUACAUCUUUACUCCAGUAUUAUUGGAGGUAAAACUUUUGAUGAUCCAGGUGCUGGGAAAAUGAUGUCAAGCUGUAUGUUGUAUGUUCCCACAGUUCACACUUUAAGAGAACAAAAUAAAUCGUAUAUAUUUUGCUUCUACAUAUUGAAUUUUUCAGUAACUCAAUGCACUGUGUAUAGAAGAUAUUGUAAAAUGAUACAUGUGUUUCAUAAGUCAGCUCUUUAUAUUAAUAAAAUAUUUCAAUGUGCAAC